AGCCCCAGCCUCUGUUUUUCCCUCUGCCCAGAAGUGUGUGAAGUCAGCCGUCUGUCUGGCACAGAAGUGUAUUGAUGUGCUUCCAGGUGUUUGUGGUAAAUCCUAAUGUCUGGACUGCAGGACCCUUCCUACACCCUGUGAGAUCAUCACCAUUUUAAUUAGACCGGAUUCGCCAAUUACAAGACAUUGAGGGCGUCUCGCUUUCUCUCCUCGGCUCUAUAAAAGAAGCACAGAUCACCGAUUUGGCAGACAGGAACUGAGGAAAGAUUUUCUGUAUAAUGCAUUCCAAAACGUUUAUGGUUGCCACUUUGCUGGUUGGUGCUUUGAAAUUAAUUUCAUCUCAGACGAGCUGCAAAGGACGAUGUGGGGCAGAGUACUACCGAGGCAACAUGUGUCAGUGUGACUCCAGCUGCCUGUCCUAUGAUGAGUGCUGCGAUGAUUAUGAAGCUCAGUGCACCACAAAAAACUCCUGCAAGGGCCGUUGUGGAGAAACCUUCAGGAGAGGCCGGCGAUGCAGCUGUGACCCCGAAUGCUCAAAGUUCAACCACUGCUGCCCAGACUACAACAAGCGUUGUGAUGUGGACGAUUCAACUUUGACAGAGGAUCCUGGACUGGGUGAAGGAGACAUUGCAGAUGACAACUCAUUUACUCCAGACAGUUUGACACCGUACCCACCCACGGAUCUUGGCGAUGAUAUAUUCGCCGACAUUUUUCCAGAUGACGACUUGUCCACCGAUGGAGAUGUGCAACCGGAAGCGUCUCCAAGCCCAGAGAUCAGCAGUGAUGAUGGACUGACUCCAGUUGGGCCCUUGGACAAAAUUCCGACAGAACCAACUCUGGUUAAAGACGAUCCACAGUUCAGUACAGAGCCGACGCCUGUGGAUGACAUUCUUACUUCGGCAGCAAUUACAACUGCGAGCACAGAUCCCACAGAUCCGACAAGCAACCCAGAUCAAGCAACGACUCCCUGUAAACCCUCAACUGAACCGUCAACUGAACCUUCAACUGAACCAUCAACUGAACCUUCAACUGAUCCAUCAGCUGAUCCCUCAACUGAACCUUCAACUGAACCGUCAACUGAUCCAUCAACUGAACCAUCAACUGAACCUUCAACUGAACCAUCAACUGAACCAUCAACUGAUCCAUCAGCUAAUCCGUCAACUGAUCCAUCAGCUGAUCCCUCAACUGAACCAUCAACUGAUCCCUCAACUGAACCAUCAACUGAUCCAUCAGCUGAUCCCUCAACUGAACCCUCAACUGAACUGUCAACUGAACCAUCAACUGAUCCAUCAGCUGAUCCGUCAACUGAUCCGUCAGCUGAUCCGUCAACUGAUCCAUCAGCUGAUCCGUCAACUGAUCCAUCAGCUGAUCCGUCAACUGAACCCUCAACUGAACUGUCAACUGAACCAUCAACUGAUCCAUCAGCUGAUCCGUCAACUGAUCCGUCAGCUGAACCGUCAACUGAACCACCAACUGAACCAAACAGCAGCGUCCUUGACCCCUCAACGACCUCAGAGCCACAAACUGAGCCUACAGCUUCGUCUGGAGCUACAGAGACUGAGACGGAGAUUUCCCCCUCAGACACACCAGAGGUCAUCCCCACCAACGUAAAGGACUUAAUGGAAGAGCUGGAAAACUCCCAGCUCACCACAACUCCGGGCUCCUCAACGUUGGCGUCAGUGACUGAGGAAACCACUUCAAGCCCAAACACAGAGAGCAGUCCAGAAAGCAUCACAACCAGCUCUGAUGUUCUGCAAGACGUUUCAGACUCCACUCUGACCCCAGCUACAGUCGGGUUGCUCUCAUCCACAGUGGCAGGCCCAGACAACACCAGUGACGGUGUUGAUCCAGAUGAAACAACUGCUGAUCCUCCCACAUCUAAACCCGACUCCAAACCGGAUCAGUCUACAGUAUCACCCGCCUCUAAACCUGAGGCCAAGCCUCUGGGCCCACAAACCCCGAUUAAAACCAACCCGAAAGAUUACCAAGGAGAUUACAGUGAAGACACAAACCUGUGCAGCGGACGCCCGGUCAGUGGGAUCACCACACUGAGGAACGGCACAAUGGUGGUUUUCAGAGGCCAUCACUUCUGGGUUCUGGACAGAAACCUGGUGCCGAGUCCACCCAAAGUCAUCACGGCGGUGUGGGGCGUCCCCUCACCCAUCGACACUGUGUUCACUCGCUGCAACUGUCAGGGCAAAACCUACAUUUUCAAGGGAGGAAAAUACUGGAGGUUCGAAAAUGAUGCUCUGGACCCGGGUUAUCCGAAAGUGGUAAAAACGGGUUUUGACGGGCUGCAGGGCCACAUCACAGCUGCCCUGUCUGUGCCUCAGUACCUCAGCAGGAAAGAGUCUGUUUACUUCUUCAAGAGAGGGGGAACAGUUCAGAAAUAUUCAUACCAGUUUGGCACCAGUCCUAAAUGUGGAAGAACGGCCCAAGCGCCUGUUUAUACCGUUCGUGCUCGACUGGCCCGUCAAGCAGUUUCUGUUUUGGAACCAACAAUAAACAUCCGUAGAUCCUGGAAAGGCUUCCCCUCCACCGUCACAGCAGCCGUUUCAGUGCCAACCAACAGAAACCCAGAGGGAUACAAAUAUGUCGUCUUCUCAAGAUCGACGGCGUACAACGUGAGGAUGCACAACGGUCGACCUGUUGUCGCCCCUCCGAGAGCAAAUGUGUCGUCGAAAACCGACAACUUCUUCAGAUGCCCGAAGAAAGCCUAACUGGAAAAAUAAAACAACAAAGGGGCACGGGCUAAUUUCAAACAAUUUUAUUUUCUGAUUAAAACACAGCAUCAACAUGAAUCUAAAAAAAAAACUUUCAAAUUAACAAAAUCUGAUCCAAGAAACAAGAACAUGGAUGAAUGCAGAUCUGAAAGUUGAAUGGUGUCGCCUCCAGUUAGGCGUUGGUUCUGAUUGGUUCUGAUGAGAGCUUCAUCUCAGAAAUCGUCUCCCAUGAAAGCCGCGGGGAGGGAAGGUUUGACCUGUGGAAGACAAAACAUUUCAAAUACAAGUUCAGCAAUGAUGUAGUUUCUGUACAGUUACCAAGUAUAAGUCAAUGCUAUGCCUAAAUAUCAUCUCCUGGCAGUUUUGGUUAUGAGCCAAAGUUUUAUUAAAUACACUGCUUGUGCAUAAAUAAGAGUGUGAACAUGAUGGUUUUUUUUAAAAGGAAAAUUGAAAGGCAAUAAAGACUAAAUGUUGUGAAAA